UGUUCUGGAGAGGACGUCGUGUGUGACGUCUAGGGUCGGGAAGGGAAGGGACGGACGUGUUCGCGGGGAGAGCGUCCGAGUGAGUGAGUGUGAGUGCAUCGGAGGAUACGGACUGCAAGAUGACAGGCUCAACAGCUCAGUGAUAGUGCAGCGUGUGUGUGUGCGUGUGUCGUGUGUGUGAGGUAGUGCGCGAGGACAGUGCUGCUCGUUUUGUGAACCCUUCAUCGUCGUCGUCGUCAUGGUGGGCCAGAUGGCGGACCCCCAGUCCGUGGAGUACGCCGUGGUGGCGCUGCUGGAGCGCGUGGACGCGCUGCGGCGCGGCGGCAGCGGCAGCAGCCCCUACCCGGCGCCGCGGCCCACGGUGCAGGCCGAGCUGCGCACCCUGGAGUUCUGGCGCGCCACCAUCUCCGAGUGCCUGGCCACCUUCUUCCUGGUGUUCGUCGUGUGCGGCGCGGGCGCGGGCGCCUCCGGGGGCGCGGGUGCGUCCGGGGCCACGCACAACAACGGCGCGCUGCUGGCCACCGCGCUGGCAGCGGGCUUCUGCAUGGCCACCCUCUACCAGUGCUUCGGCCACAUUUCAGGUGCCCACGCCAACCCCGCCGUCACGGCGGCCAUGGCGGUCACGAGGAACAUCACCCCGCUGCGCGCGCUCAUGUUCGUGACGGCGCAGUGCGGGGGCGGCAUCGCGGGCGCGGCGCUGCUCUACGGAGUGACGGUGCCCGGCUACCCGGCGCUCGCGUCCAUCGCGCCGCACCCGGGCCACAUGUCUGCGUGGGAGCGGUUCGGCGUCGAGCUCAUCCUCAGCUUCCUGCUCGUGCUCACGUACUGCGGCGCCACGGACGGCCACCGCCGCGCCCUGGGCAGCGCCGGGCCCGCCAUCGGGGCCGCCUACCUCGCCUGCACGCUCGUCUCGGUAAGCAUCCUGUUGGAGCGGUCGUCUAUUUAG